AUGCACGCGCGCGCUGCGCUUAAGCGCGGCGCCGGCACGACUUUGGCGCGGUGGGGCACUUUCUUCCUGCUGUUUCUGGUGGGUCUCCUGCUUGGGCAACGGCAGGGCGCCGGCCAAUCGGGGCGUGCGCACGUGGCGCCUGACUCCCUCUCACGAACAACCGACAGCUCUUCGGCUGCUCGCCAGAAUCAUCACUGCACACGCGACGUGGCCCAUGGGUACUACUUCGACAGCUUUUGGCCGUUCCCGCCCUUCUGGCUGGCCAUGGAGACCGAACCCGGGACGUGCAACAAGUACAGUUACCAAGGGCCCGAAACAUGCGAGAGGAUGGCGCACGGGCUCGACUUUGAGCCGGAGUGGCACGUCCGGGAGGUGCUUGCCAGCAUGCUCCUUCAGUGCAGCUCUCCGCUUGACUUGACUUGA